UCAACUUCAGGCCCCUCCUGCGCCACCUAUUUUCUCUGGCCGUACUCCCUCUAGCAGCGGCCCUGUCAUAGUUUCACAGCUCGGCCGUCAAGAUACAGCUACGGAGAUUUUUUUUUUAUCUUCGGUCUUUUUCGGAGCACCACGCCCAGGCCUGAGUGGCAGGAGGGCGCUACUUCUCGGGUUUCACCCUGAGGUGCUGCUCCUGCUCUUGUUGCCCUCAAAGACAGUGAGGAACUGAAGGAGAAGGAGAAGAAGGAACAGAAGACCCUGAGUGUGUCGAGCUGCUGAGGCAACAAGUACCCAGAGCCAGGCUCCAGCUGUCUCAUGUCGCCUUACCUCCUUCCCUCAUCAUCAUCUUCCACGUCUCCAUGUGUCCGUCUAUGAUGCUGUGUCUCCUGCUCACUCUGCUGCUGCUGCUGUCACCAGCCGUCCAUGGCCAAGGUCGUCUGAAGCUGACAGUUCUGUCCGAGGACAGACUGCAGAUGAAAUGGAAGGAGGCUGAUGGACCAGUCCAGGGCUACAAGGUCAGAGUCAAGCCCAUAUCAGAGGUUCCACAGCCAGAGCUGAUGCUAACAACCACACGUGGCAGGGCUACAGUCGCAGGCCUGGACUCCAGUCAGGAAUACGCUCUUCAAGUCCUAGUGCUCAACGGCACCACUGAGAAACUUCUAGCAAAGAGGAGAUUUACAAUGGAGAGUUUAAAAGAGGAAGAAAUGAUCCGCAGCGGCAGCAGAGAGAAGAAGAAGACUCUGUUGGGCGGAUCAGGGUCAGGAGACCUGGACGAUGUCACAGAGGCUCUACAGGGACUGCCAACAGUUCUGUAUCCAACCCCCACCCUCGCUGCGUCUGCUGAUACUAUAGAGCCUUCGCUAACAGGAAGUCCCUCCGAGCUCCCCGAUGAGGCCUCGGAGAAAAAAGAGAAGAGGAAAAGAAAGAAAGAAAAAGAGCGGGAUCGGUCAAAGGGGGAGAACAAAGAGGAGCAAGGAACAACACAGGGGAAACCGGUGGAGGACAAGUCACAGAAGACACCCUACCCAACACAACCAGUCACAGGGAUGUCGCCGAGAAAACCUUAUGAGUGUGACAGUGUUGCGGCGGCAGACAUCAUGCUGUUGGUGGACGGCUCCUGGAGCAUCGGUCGCACCAACUUCAGACGCGUCAGAGACUUCCUGGAGGGUUUAGUGACACCCUUUAACAUCGGGCCAGACUACAUUCAGAUUGGACUAACUCAGUACAGUGGUGACCCUCGCACAGAGUGGAAUCUCAAUAACUUCACUGCGAAAGACCAAGUCCUGGAAGCGGUUAGGAAUUUCCGAUACAAGGGAGGAAACACGUUCACAGGUCAGGCUUUGCUGCAUGUGAUGGAGGAGAACAUGAAUCCCCAGGCUGGAGCCAGGUUAGAUACACCACAGUUCCUGGUCCUGCUGACUGAUGGAAAAUCUCAGGAUGAUGCCAUUGGUGCAGCAAACAAGCUGAAGAAUGCGGGUGUGGAGAUCAUUGCUGUAGGUGUGAAGAAUGCUGAUGAAGCCGAGUUGAGGCAAGUAGCGUCAGAGCCGGUGGACGCGAACGUCUACAACGUCAAUGACUUCCACCUGCUCAGUAAACUGGUGACAAGACUGGUCCACAUUCUGUGUCGGAGGAUAGAAGACCGCGGCGUCACAAAAAGGGUACAGCCAGCUCCCACAGAAGACCCAGUUCUCACCUACCCCAGUCCCACUGACCUGCGUUUCUCUGACCUGGGCUCCAGAGAAGUCAAGCUGCACUGGACCAAUCCAACCAAAGCUGUUCAGCAGUACAGGGUUGUCUACCACAGUGCGGAGGGACAGAGACCACAGGAGGUGGUGUUGACUGGUUCAGAGUCCACUGUACAGCUGGAAGGACUGUCCCCUCAAACCCUGUAUCACGUCUCCAUCUUCCCUGUCUUUGAAAGGGGAGUGGGUUUGGCACUGAGAGGAACUGUGACCACAUUGCCACUGAGCCCUGCCAACCUGGAGGUGACCCCUUCGUCUUUCAGCACACUGAGAGUCAGCUGGGAUGCAGCUCCGGGUGCUACGCAGUACAUGAUCCUGUACUCGGCUCUCAGUCAAGGAGAACCUGACGAUGCCAAAGAAGAGAAAUUCAGCUCAGAGCAGACGGUGGUGGAGCUGACGGGACUGCUGCCAGAAACAGACUACUCUGUCACUCUGUACGCGCUCUAUGACGAGGAUCCGAGUGACCCCAUCACUGCUGUUGCCACCACAUGGUCUAUCCCAUCACCUGUAAGUAUUCAGUUUCCAGUGGUCACACACAGUGCCCUCAGGGUCAGCUGGGUUCCUGGAGCCACAGAUGUCCCUGCACACAGAAUCAUCUAUAGCACCAAUCAUGGAAGUGAUGUCAAGAUGAUGGAGGUAACAGGACAGAACUCAGUGCUGGUCCAAAACCUCUCAUCCUUGUCCAGAUACCUGGUUUCAGUACAGUCUCACUACCCACAAGGCCUUUCUGCAGCAAUCACCAGCAAUGUUACCACAUUGAAAGUGUCUCCACCCUCUGACCUGAGGGUGACUAAUUUUUCUGGCAGUGUCAUCACUGUGCGCUGGGAGGCUGCAGCCGAUGACGUGGUGUCGUACCUCAUCAAGUGGAUCUCACUCAGUGGAGGAGACCUGCGGCAGUUAAGGGUGAGCGGUGAGAGUGAAGGAGCCAUCCUGGAAGGGGUUGAGGACAACAAAGAGUACCAGAUCUCUCUGUCAGCGCUGUAUGGAGAUGGAGCUCAGAGUGAAGCUGUGGCUACUCGCUACAGCACCAUGUCUGGUGGAGGACCGACGAGUGUCACAAUCUCUGAGGAAACGCCAGUCAGCAUGGUCGUCAGCUGGGUUCCUCCCAACGCUCACGUCCUCCAGUAUAGGCUGACUUACACUGCACUCUCUGGGGUUGAAACCCAGGACAGUACUUUGUUGGUCUCCGGCAGUGAAAAGCGAGUGUUGCUGAAAGAGUUACAGCCAGAUACGCGUUACGGUGUCGUCGUCACAGCUGAGUACAGAAACAAAGAAGGAGGAAGUGGUUCAGCUCAGGGAAAAACAGCCAGUCUGAGGGUCAGCAGUGUGAGCGUGGUCAGAUCUGACCACUCCAGCAUCUGUGUGUCCUGGAGACCUGCAUCUGCUGUCUCUGAAUAUCGAAUUGCCAUUCACUCUCUCAAAGACAAAACAACAAAGGAAGAACGCGUGGACGAGUCCAAAAGUAGUCACUGUUUCACUGAUCUGGAAGCAGAGAGUCUGUAUCGCAUCAGCGUGUACUCUAUCUUGGGCUCAGCAGAGGGCGCUGCCGUCUCCAUUCUCCAUCCAACAGCUGCAGCUCCAGCCCAUAUUCCCAUUCAUCCACGGUUAUAUCCUAUCCACAAUGAAGUGUGUCCCGAGGUCACCAUCAGAAACAACAUUGUCAACGGGUUUGACAUGAUGGAAGCGUUCGGUCUGACCCCUAGAGCUCACUCGUCUGUAGAGGGCGUGGUGGCAGAACCGUUCAUCUUCAACACCCGUCCAACCUACAGCCUGUACAGAGACAUCCAGCUGACACAGAGCACCAAGUUUAUCCAUCCUGCAGGAUUCUCUCCUGAACAUACCAUCAGCAUCGCCUUCCGUGUCCUGCAGGACACCCCCAGGGAACCUUUCUCUCUGUGGCAGCUCACAGACAACGACUUCCAGCCAAAGAUGGGAGUCAUACUUGACCCUACCACAAAACACCUGGUCUACUUCAGUCUGGACUACAGGGGGGAGGUGCAGGAACUGACCUUUGACCAGUCCCAGGUCCGCAGACUCUUCUAUGGCAGCUUCCACAAGAUUCACUUGUCCAUCAGUCAGGGGAGUGUGUCUCUGUCUGUAGACUGCCAGCGUGUGGGUGAGAGACCAGCCCGUCCCCUGGGCAGCCUGCCUACUGAUGGUUUUGAGAUGCUGGGAAAACUGAUGAAGACCAGGGGACCUAACAGUGGAUCUGUUCCAUUCCAGCUGCUGUCCUUUGAGAUUGUUUGCAACAACACAUGGGUGUUAGACGACACCUGUUGUGACCUGCCCGGAGUGAGAGAUGAGGAGAGUUGUCCUUCUCAGCCUUACACCUGCACCUGUUCCUCUGACGUUCCUGGAGCUCCUGGUUCACCUGGGCCUACUGGCAGACCUGGUCCUCGUGGUGAGAAAGGAGAUAAGGGAGAAGAAGGCCAGAAGGGGGAGGUGGGUCCACCAGGAAAACCUGGACCUGAAGGAGGACUUGGACUUGUUGGAAAUGUUGGACCGCGUGGGAUAACUGUCCAAGGAAAAGAGGGGCCACCAGGGCCAAGGGGAGGAAAGGGGGACCCUGGGAGACCUGGAGUCCAGGGUUUACCAGGACCUCCAGGUCCUAAAGGGGAAGAAGGAGUUCCAGGUCCUCAGGGCAUCAGGGGACUGGAAGGAAACAUUGGUACACCUGGUCUUCCUGGACCCAGGGGUUUCCAGGGAAUGCCAGGUUAUCCUGGGCAAAUUGGAGAAAGGGGGCCUGCAGGACUGGUGGGACCUACGGGCCUAUCAGGCAGUAAAGGGGAACGAGGUGAGAAGGGGGAGCCUCAGUCUAUGAGCAUCAUCUACCAGCUGGUCACUCAGGCCUGUGAACAACUUGUACACAAGGAGGUCUUGAAGCUCGACAAGUUUAUCAACGAGAUAAGUCGUAAGCCGGCUCCAAUCGAGGAGCCCGUGGGACCCCCAGGAGAACCAGGUAUACCAGGACCAAAGGGUCCACCAGGUGCCAGAGGAACCCAAGGACAAGUUGGUCCCAGGGGGAGACUUGGGAGGCCUGGUUAUCCAGGAGAACAGGGACAGCGAGGUAAAAUUGGGGAGAAAGGUGAUGGAGGGACCAAUGUCCAGGGGUCGCCAGGGAUCAAAGGUUACGCAGGUCCACCAGGUGAGUCCAGACUUGGACCUCCAGGUUCUAGAGGAGAUGAUGGCACACCAGGACCUCCAGGAGGCCUCGGAGCUUCUGGACAAGCAGGCGAGAUUGGACCACCGGGCGUUUGCGACAGCAGCAGAGGCUGCCAGGGUGUUCCCCAACAACCAGCUUACCCCGAGGAAGAGUAUUACGGCUACGAGCCUUGAGAGGGCGUGAAGGAGCAGACAGACGGUUCUGUCUGAAAUGACUGAGCUUCAACUGGAGCUGAACAACUGACUGAAAGAGUGCAGCUGAAAACAGCACCACUAGAGAGUGUCGGUGUCCGACUAACUGACUCCUUACAUGAAAAAAGGACAUAAAACAAUAAACAGGAAGUAGCUCCUUUUCUGAUGUUGAUAUUUUGCAAAAAUAGAUCAGUAUUUAAACUGAAAAGGUAGUAUCGCAAAUGAUUUCCCCAGUGUGUACAACAGAGUAAAGUAGUUUGUAACAACUUUUGUUACCAUGUUAUUGUUCUUUAUGCACUGUAUCCAUGACUAUAGUUAACUUUGGGCUCCUGUCUAACCUGAUCUGCCUCAAGCAUCAUGAAAUAAACCCAUGGUGUAAAAGUUCCACUUUGUUCCAUGGUCAAAAAAAAGAAGCUGUGAGAAAGUCUGUUCCCAUGUGUAUCAUAAUUUGUAUAUUUCAUAUUUUUUAUAUUAUAUAUUAUGAUCAUGUUAUGAUAUUCCCUACUUUGUACAUGCAUAUUGAAAAUCAUCCUGGUUUACAUUUUUAUUAUGUACCUUAGUUUGUGUGUGUGUGUGUAUACAAACAUGCGUGUGUGAGAGAGCUGUGUGUAAAUGGCUAUUUGUGUGUACAUACAUUUUUCCAACUUUGUUAUUAAAGUUUCAAUAAUGUGUCC